GAAGGCAAAGCACAAACCGAGAUAAAUAACAAAAGAACAACGAUGUAGUGCAGUACAGUGUGGUGUAAACAUAACCAAAAUUCUCAUCCUAACAAAUCAUUUAAGCCAUGUAAAGAAAUUAACAAAGUAAAAUGAAAUUAUUCGUACCAAAUCAUAUUAUAACUCUACUAAUACUGACGUAUUUAAAUUCUGUAAAGGCGUAUUUAAAUUUAUACCUAAGUUUGUCGGAAGUGCAAAGGCUUUUGGGUUUGGCAGCCGAAUUAUAUUACAUCAGAAACGGCAAUAUUAACAAUUAUGCCCUAAAUUUUGUCGUUCCAGUUCCGUCCAAAAUCGACUCUUUACACUUCAUAUGGGAAAGCUUAGCUGGGCAACCGCUACCCUAUUCGAUAAAGGUAGAGACUUCAAACUCCCCCGCACUACCUCCCCCAAAAUUAAACAUAUCAAGCAGUGGUUCUAUCCCAACGUCACCGCAAACAUUCACCGUUUCUCUCCCAUGCUCUGGAGUCGUGGAGGCAGAAGUGGAUAUUACCAUAACGAUAAAUAUAACAGUAUCACACGACAAUGUAACAACUCUAACAUUUCGACGAAAUAAAAUCUGCCUUCAAUUCGAAAAGUCUACGAUGUACGUUUCUAUGGAUUCCAUGCCGCAAUUCUCUAAUUCGACUAAUAUAUUCUACAUAGCAGUGUGCUGUGCUGUGAUACUGAUCAUCAUUCUUGCUUUCCUGGUUACGUUGUACUACAUAAAGGACAAGAAAAGUAGAAGGACUAUAGAAACCGCUGGUGGGCCCACUACGACCACUACAACGUUUCUAGCGGCGUUACCUCGGAACAGUGUAAACGCUUCGUCUUAUGGUAGCUUUAGGCGAAUGCCGAGUUAUUCCCUGAUCGAUGAGAGGUCCAAGGAUUUACAGGACAGAAUUGCCGAACUUACAGUGCAGAGGUGUAGAGUUCGCCUGAGCAGCAUAAUUCUAGAAGGAACCUUUGGCAGGGUCUAUCAUGGCUCCUACACGAACGAAGAUGGUACCGAAGAAACCGUCAUAGUGAAAACGGUAACCGACCACGCAAGCCAGGUCCAAAUAUCCCUCUUGCUCCAAGAGGGCAUGGCCAUGUAUUCGUUAAACCACAAAAACAUUCUAAGCAUAUUACGAGUGUCCAUAGAAGACCACACCGCGCCGUUUUUGCUUUACCCAUACAAGAACUACACGAAUUUGAAGCUUUUCCUGCAGAAAUGCAAAGUUUCCUCAGAGGGCGUUCACCACACUUUGACCACGCAGGAGGUGGUCGAUAUGGCCUUGCAGAUCAUACAGGGUAUGCAGUAUCUGCAUAAAAAGCAUUUGCUGCACAAAGAUCUAGCUGCUAGAAACUGCGUGGUCGACGACAAGCUAAACGUCUUAGUAGCCGAUAACGCUCUGUCCCGCGACCUGUUUCCUUCGGAUUACCAUUGUCUAGGCGACAACGAGAACAGACCGGUGAAGUGGCUUGCUAUUGAAAGUUUAUUGCACAAAAACUUCUCGCCGAGCUCCGACGUGUGGUCGUUCGGCGUGUUGCUCUGGGAGCUGACGACGCUCGCUCAACAACCGUACACUGAAAUCGAUCCUUUUGAAAUGGCUGCCUAUUUGAAGGAUGGGUAUCGCUUGGCUCAGCCGAUUAACUGCCCAGAUGAACUAUUUGCAGUGAUGGCUUACUGUUGGGCGAUGAGCGCAGAAGAACGACCGACUUUUACCCAGUUACACGUGUGUCUUCAAGAGUUUUAUGCACAGUUGACCAGAUACGUGUGACGCAAACUAGACUAAUAAAUAAAUGUUCCUAAUAACGAUCGUGCCAGAACAUUUUCUAUUUUCGAUGACUAAAUUCCAUGCCGAAUGUUUAACUUACUGCAUUCGGCUCAAAUAGGAACUGGUAGAACUUAUCAAUACCAAAAAUGCGGGAAUACUUGGGAAUCCUGGCACUGUUGUUAUUUGACUUGGGUGCCAAAUUUUUUUUACUGUUUGUAUUACAAACUUAUAUUUAUUUUACCAAGAUGUAUUCACGAUAUUAUAUUAAAUAGAUAUUUAAAUCAAAGAAAGUUAAGAUACUAUUAUAUAUAUAAAUGUUUAAACUAGGGUACGUUGUAAAUAUACAUCCCUUAUUUUAUUUAACUUUAUUUAAACAGAUUUUUAAAUUCUGUACCUAAAAUGUUGUGAUCUCUAUAUAUUUUUAUUAUAUUAGUUCGUAUUUUAUUACGUGUAUCUAUGACUGUUUAAUUUAAGAGUGCUUUAAAUGUCUAGAAUAGCGUUUGAUUUUGUAAGUUCUUUUACAGAGGACAACAGAUUACAUAAACUUAGAUUCACUUGAAACAAUUCGUAAAAUACUAAUUUUAUCAACAAGUUACGACAAAGUUUCUAAAAUUUUAACAGCCCUUGAAGAGUUUUGUUCAUUUUGCUUCAGAACUUUGGUCGAUCACACUUAGUAUUUAGUAAGACAAUAAGAAACAGUUUUUAUGUAAUCUGUGUGGCAAGAAGUUAUAUUCCAUGGAGAUAUUAUAAAAUUCAGCUUACAAAAUGUAUUUUUUAUAUGAAGAUUAUUAAAUUUGAAAAUUUUAUAA